AUGUUUUUGUCCUUUGGUUUCACAUUGAAUGAAGAUUGGUUUAUUAACUAUACCGAUGUAAUUUUUCCUAAAGAAAGCCGUUGGUUAUUAUCUUUGGGAAAAAAAUUUGCUCUACCGGUGAAUAAAAAUAAUUUUUCAAAACUACAUUUCAUAGCAGACGUAGAACAAGGCAUUCAAAAUAUGAAAAAUGAAAAAUUGAAGGAACUCACUAGAACCAAAACAGCUCAUAAUUUAAUAAAUUUUAAUCAUCAACAUAAAAACAACAAUAGAGAAAAAUUCAUUCUAAAAGCAUAUGAUAACACUCAAAAAAUAGUGAACAAACACAAAAAUGAUAUUGUCAUUUUGGAAUCGGAUAAAGGUCAAAAAACAGUAGUGAUGUACAAACGUGAUUAUUUGCAUAAAAUGACAUCAUUACUAGAUGACAGAAACACGUAUAAAACAUUACGCACAGAUCCAACUAAUAAAUUGAUAACUACUAAUAACAACAUUAUAACAGAUCUUUACAAACAGAAACUAAUAACAAUACAGCAAAAAAAACAACUGCUAUGUAGUACAGCUAACGCUCCUAGACUAUAUGGAUUACCCAAAAUUCAUAAGUCUAAUGUACCCCUCAGACCAAUAGCGGACUCCACAAUGGUUUCUUGUUAUAAACUGUCAAAAUAUGUUGGAAAAGAAAUUCUAAAACCACUUAUAUCGUCAAAUUACAAUAUAAAAAAUUCCAGUGAAUUACUUGAGAAAUUAAAACACAUUAAAUUGGAAGACAACGAAAUAUUAAUUUCAUUUGACGUAAUUUCAUUGUUUACAAAUAUACCUACAAACCUGGCUACAAAAAUCAUCUUAGAAAAAUGGGAUAUUAUUAAGAAUACAACAAACAUCUCCAAGGCCAAAUUUUCGAGAAUUCUUGACUUUUGUCUUAAAGACAAUAAUUACCUCAUUUUUGACGAUCAGAUAUACCAACAGGUGUUUGGUAUGCCUAUGGGAAAUCCAUUAUCUCCUACUAUCGCGGAUAUAGUACUUGAUAAGCUACUUGACGAAGCCAUAGCUGAACUCAAGACUAUGGGCAUAACUUUUAAAUUUAUUACCAAAUAUGUUGAUGACAUAUUUGCGGUUAUCAAAAAAUCUGACAAGGAAAUUAUUCUGACAACAUUAAAUAAUUUUCACCCAAAAAUCAAGUUUACAUAUGAAGAGGAACUGGACCAUAAACUCCCAUAUCUCGACAUUGAAAUUAUUAAACGAGAUAAUAAUUUAAUUUUCAAUUGGUACAGUAAAGAUAUAUCUUCAGGACGACUUAUCAAUUUUCACUCUUCACAACCUAUGAGCCAAAAACUAGGUACUGUGAAGAAUUUCAUCAAAAAGACUAAUUAA